GGGGAAGCGCGAUCCCAGAGGCCAGCGAGGGAGCGAGCGGCGCGGCGCGCGCAGCCCAUGAGGCGGUGAGAGGCCCGGGGCCUGCCUCGGAGCAGCGCGCGCGGCGCCGGCCAGCAGCGGGUCGCCCUUCGUGGGGCCCGGGCGCGGCGGCCGCCCGUGGGGAAGCAGGCCGGGGCGGAGGAAGCUGGGCGUCCGGGCCCCCCCUCCCCCGCCAUGGAGGGCAUGGACGUGGACCUGGACCCCGAGCUCAUGCAGAAGUUCAGCUGCCUGGGCACCACCGACAAGGACGUGCUCAUCUCCGAGUUCCAGCGGCUGCUCGGCUUCCAGCUGAACCCGGCCGGCUGCGCCUUCUUCCUGGACAUGACCAACUGGAACUUGCAAGCAGCAAUUGGCGCUUACUAUGACUUUGAGAGCCCAAAUAUCAGUGUGCCCUCUAUGUCCUUUGUAAAAGAUGUCACCAUAGGAGAAGGGGAGUCUAUACCUCCUGAUACUCAGUUUAUAAAAACAUGGCGGAUCCAGAAUUCUGGGGCAGAGGCCUGGCCUCCAGGGGUUUGUCUUAAAUAUGUCGGCGGAGACCAGUUUGGACACGUGAACAUGGUGAUGGUGAGAUCGCUAGAGCCCCAAGAGAUUGCAGAUGUCAGCGUCCAGAUGUGCAGUCCCAGCAGAGCAGGGAUGUAUCAGGGACAGUGGCGGAUGUGCACUGCUACAGGACUCUACUAUGGAGAUGUCAUCUGGGUGAUUCUCAGUGUGGAGGUGGGUGGACUUUUAGGAGUAACGCAGCAGCUGUCAUCUUUUGAGACGGAAUUCAACACACAGCCACAUCGCAAGGUAGAAGGAAACUUCAACCCGUUUGCCUCUCCCCAAAAGAACCGACAAUCAGAUGAAAACAACUUAAAAGACCCUGGGGGUUCCGGGUUCGACUCGAUCAGCAAAAAUACAUGGGCUCCUGCUCCUGACCAAACCGAGCAAGAUCAGGAUAGACUGUCACAGAACUCUGUAAAUCUGUCCCCCAGCAGUCACGCAAACAACUUAUCAGUAGUGACUUACAGUAAGGUAGGUGCCCUUGGAGAAGGGGCAGGUGGUGGGCCUUGGGAUCCGUGACGCUCCUGUGUGGCAAACCUAGAAUGCUAGACCACCACUGCCCAGAGCAAACGUGGCUGUCAAUAGCAUCGACAAAAGCCUUCUCCCUCCCUGCGUGUCCUGUGGCUGCUGCUUCAUCCACAUGUGUAAUUUACUUCUGUCCGCGCUGAUUUGGGCGUUGAAAACCGAGGCUCUUUACCGUUAUUAUUUUUAAAACUGUCAAAAUACCAUUAGCCGUGCUUUCAGGGCAGGCGUGUACUGAGCUUGCAUCAUCGCAGCACCCCUGCAGUGGGCUCCUGCCCUGUUUUCUUGGGUUAGGCGAUUUUUCCCCCUGAGUAAAAGGCCAGGCUCAAUUAUUUUAUCCUAAAAUGUUGUUGGCUUUGACUACUCUGUCACUUACCUUGCUGAUGUCUUUUCUGUUUGCUGUGGCUCUUGACUUUAUCCCCUGCAGCCUAGAGUGGCUCAGAGUGACAUUUUGACUCUGCGCAUAUGAGAGAGAAAUAAAGGGCAUCGACUGCA